AUGCAUAUCACAAUGGAUGAAUCUAAUAAAGAAUUAAUUAAUAAUAUACCACAUUCACGGAUAAAAACACGAUCAUCUGGUAAAUGUACAUUAGCUAGGAAACGUUUAAAACAAGUGUUUAAUAUGAGAAAAUAUUAUUUAUCUAUUAUUGGAUUGACAAGUUUUGAAGCAUUAUUAGUAUUAUGUCGUAUGAUAUUAGAAAUAGAAUCAUUACGUUUACCUCCCGGAAAUAGUCAACGAUUAAUUUUAGAAGGUCAAUUAGCUUUAGAAUGUUUAAGUUUAUUUACAUUAACAUUAUUUAUUGUGGAAGUUCCAUUUAAAAUAUGGGCUAUGGGAAUUCGUCAAUGGGGUCGUCAAUUAUUAUUUAUUAUAGAUGGUCUUAUAUGUGCAGUUUGUUUCUCAUUAGAUAUAUAUAAUAUAUAUCGACAUUCUAGUAGACCAUCAAGAAAGAUUACAUCAUCAAAAGUUUUAGAAUUAUGUAAUUAUUUACAUAAUACUUUUCAAGCAGAUACAGCUUCAACAUUUGCUGAAAUUUUUGGUCUUAUGAUUGUUUAUAGAUUAUGGUAUAUUAAAAGAUUUAUAAAAAAAACAGUAUUGAUUAAAAAUAAACAAUCAAUUAAAAGAAUUCAAGAACUUCAACAAAUUUAUGGUGAUGCUGAUCAACGUAUUAAUCAAUUAGAAACUAUAUUACAAGAACAAAUUGAUCGUAAAGAUAAUCAUCGAUCAAUAUCGAAUGUAAUUUUAGAUAAUAAACAAGGACAACAACAAGCAAAAUCAAUAUCAAAAGUGAAUUAUACAAAUCGUCCUGUAUCACGUCAAUUUUCUAAUACAGAAUGCACAUCUGAUGAUUAUGAAACUUGGAUACCGCACUCAUCAAAUGAAGGUGGUAAAGACGGUUGUUUACUUGGUGUUCGUGAACAAUUCAAACGAUUGAAAAAAGAUUCUCUUUGUGCAAAUGAAUAUGAAAUGGAAACGCGUGUACAAGUGGAAUUUUGUCCAUGCACUCAAAGUGAUUACGAGUGUGAAUACGGAUUUUAUCGUCAACCUGGAUCAUUAAAUUGUAUUCGAAAUCCGUAUAUUCCACCAUUAGAUCCUUGUACAUUACCAAAAAAACAACGUCAAACUAUUCAUCAGUUAGGUUAUCGUUUAAUACCAGGUGAUCGUUGUGUUGGUGGUUGGCAGCCUCCAGUAUGGAAUCAAACUAUUUUAGAUUUAAUCAAAUCAUGUCCAUAUAAUAAUGCUGAUGAUGAGGAUGAUAAUUCUUCUAUUACACAUAAUUCAUCUGCAACAAUUAUUUCUAUUAUUCUACUUAUAUUUGGUGUAAUAAUACUACUUAUUUUAUGGAUUAAAUCAAAUAAUCAUAGAAUGAUAAACAAUACAUCAAAUUAUCAUUUUGAUAGUAGAUAUUUUAAAGUAAAUACAAGUAAUGCAUUAAAUCGUUUACAUAAUUGGUUUAUACCAUGGAAAAGAAAUAAUUUCACUGGAUUUAUGAACAAUAAUAAUAAUAAUAAUAAUAAUACUAUCGAUGCUUGGAAUAGUACUGAUAGAAUAUCUUCAACAUAUAAUGAUAGUCGAACUAUUUUAUGGCCACCUACAUCUACCAUUACUCCAUCAAUGCAUAAACAAACUAUUAAUUCAAAUCUAUUCAAAAUCAAUUGUAUACAACCAAAAAUAUUCAAUAAACAAAUAAAAACUACUCAAAUGAGUAGUAGUAACAAUAAUAAUAAUAAUAAUGAUAUUCAUCAUUUAUCAGAUCCCAAUAAUAAUAAUAAUAAUAAUACAAUAAUUAUACCAAAAAAAUCUAUUUCAAUUCCAACAUUUAAAAAAGGAAGCGGCGGUGUUCUACAACAAUAUUUUCAUCGUAAUGAUACAGAUAUGACAAAUUUAUUAGAAGCAGAAGAAAUUCCAUCUACAUCUUCACUAUUAUCAUUAUCAUCAAUGAAUAUAAUUACUAAUAAUAGUAGUAAUACUUGUAAUACAAAACAAUCAUUCGGUGAUCCAUUAACUUCAUUUGCAUAUAAAAACUCUUUAAUAAAAUUAUCCAAUGGAUCAACAAGGGUAUACAACGAGAAUAAUGAAUGUAAUACGUUGGUUACUAAUACUACUAGGAAUAAUAAUAAUAAUAAUAAUAAUAAUAAUAAUAAUAAUAAUCCUAGUGAGUUACAUCAAACUAUGCUACAACAAAGUACACCAUUCACAAAUCAUCAUAAAGACAUUUUAGAUCAAUAAAUGAUGAAAUAAUCCUUUACUUCACUUUAAACUCUUCCAUUACACAUAACUUCCAGUAUCAAGUAAAGGAAAGAAAAAAUGAUGAAAGCAAACAACACUGACAACAAUAACAGUACUAAUAAAUCAGAAGACAAAAUUCAGUCUUCUUCCUUUUUCUAACUCUUUAUGUUAUUGUUAUUAUUGUUGUUGUUGUUGCUGUUUGCUCUUUCCUUUUUGUUUUCUAUUCAAUGUUCAUUUGUUCUUUUGGUUUUCAUUUGUUUUAUUUUCUUUAUUUCGAUGUUAUUACUACUAAUGAUGAUUAAUCUCAUAUUGAAUAAUUUUCUUACUUAUGGAGAUUAUAGUAAUUUCAACAGUUGAGAUCAUGAGUCAAUUGAAGUUAGAUCAUCAUGGAAAACCUGGAAGCACUGGACGGCCGUUUCGUCCUAGUAUGGGACUCCUCAUCAGUACGCAUCCACGACCCCGCCCCCCCAAGGGAUUCGAACCCAGGACCUAUCAGUCUCGCGCCGGGCGCUUGACCAACUAGACCACUGGGCUGGCUGGCAUCCAAUGGUGUUAAUGUCUAACUUCAACUAAUCCACGAAAU